CACUCCACAUAGAAAUACAUGUAAUUAGCUAGGCCUUGACGGCAAGAAUCAAAAGCAAGGCAGGCAGGAGGCUAGCUCGCUCCUCCUCGCAUUGACUUCCAUCCAUCGACCUUUGCCGCUGCGAGCAAGAUCGAUUUCAUAACUCGUAAAUAGGGACUUGCAGAGGAUUGCUUUGGCAAAACAUCGACCGAUCGCCGUACGUAACCAAGUGAUUGCAAAUGGACAGUGAAGCCUGUACAAGUCACGUCGACCUCCUGGAGAGGCUUCUGCUUGAUGAAAGCGCAGAGCCCACAAACCUGCCUUUAUCACUCCUGCAAGGCAUCACAAAUUGUUUCUCUUCUGAUCACGAAAUUGGCAGAGGCGGGUUUGCGGUGGUUUAUAAGGGAGUUGUCGGCAAAGGUAUAGUCGCUGUGAAGAAGCUGACCAACACAUUUGCUGUUCCGGAGAUUAAAUUCCAUGAAGAGGCUAGAAAUCUGAUAAAGGCCAAGCACAAGAAUAUAGUACGGUUUCUGGGGUAUUGUGCUGACACGCAAGGAAAAAUGGAAGAAUACGAGGGGAAUCUUGUCAUGGCAGAUCAACGGAACUGGUUACUCUGUUUUGAGUAUGUAUGCAACGGGAGUCUCGAUAAGCACAUUACCGAUGCAACUUGUGGACUUAAUUGGAGAAAUCGGUAUCAAAUAAUCAGGGGGUUGUCUGAGGGCUUAGUUUUCCUCCGUGAGAAGGGAAUUCUUCACUUGGACCUGAAGCCAGCUAAUAUCUUAGAUGGUCACAUGAUACCCAAAAUUGCUGAUUUUGGUUUAUCAAGAUGCCUCACUCAAGCGCAGACCUAUGUUAUUACUAAAAACAUAGUUGGAACAAUGGGAUAUACUGAUCCAGAGUACAUCAGAUCGGGCCUAAUUGGAUUCUCAUCAGACGUAUAUAGCCUUGGCGUUAUAAUCAUGGAGAUACUGACAGGAGUGAGGCAUAAUCGCAAAGAUGAGCAUGUAGUUGAAAGAUGGAUGAGUCGAUUGGGAGUAUCAGAGGGGGACAUGCAACUAAAACGUGAGAUAGCGGUAGAGUGCAUGAACUUGGACCCAGAGAAGAGACCAGAUGCAUGCCAUAUAAUUGAUAGGCUUGAUAAAAUUGAGGGUACUGACAAAGAAGACGAAACUGGCACCAACAGUUCAAUCAUUGAGUUGCAGUUAAGUUUACCAAGGGAACAAUAUGCAGAAAGAGUUGGAAAGCCUGCAGCCGAGAGCCUCCAAGUGGAUGUCGGGGAACACUCUGAAAUAUUGGAAAAUGGCACAGACAGUUUGGAAUUGCGACAUUCCCAGGAAGGCCUGCAGAAAUUAGACGAAUUGUCAAUAUGUGGAGUGCAAGAGACGAAGCAAAAGGUUAAGCAUCGUGGCACAAGCAUUUCCAGCUCUAUCUCUAGUGUAUUCUACAAGUUAAACAGUUUAAACAUCUUCAACAAGAAAGCAAGCAGGAACCUCCAUCACACAUUAGAAAAGUCGCAUAAUGUGAAGAUCUUCAGAAAGGAGGAGCUCAGACCAAUAAUGAGGAGUACCAAUUUAAUUGGAAGAGGUGGCUUCGGUAAAGUUUACAAGGGUGUUGUUGAUAACACACUGGUUGUGGUAAAGCCGAUUAGUUGUUCUUCCCUAGGUAAUGUAGCAUAUGAAAAUUAUGUCAUUGGCAUGUGUCAAGUCAGCCACAAGAACAUCGCUAGGCCCAUAGGCUGUUGCUUAGAAGCAGAUACCACCAUUCUAGUGUACGAGCUCAUCUCCAAUGGAAGUGUAGAUGGUAUUCUUCACGACGGCAACAGAACAGCCCUCAACUUGGAUGUGCGUCUAAAUAUCAUUGCGGAAUCAGCACAAGGUUUAGCUUAUCUACAUUCACAAGCUCAUACAAAAAUCCUGCAUGGUGAUUUAAAACCGGAAAAUAUCCUCUUGGAUGAUAACUUUAUACCAAAGAUCUCAGACUUUGGUAUAUCGCCGUUGAUUGCACGAUAUAAUGAACACACUACCAAUAUCAUCGGUGACAUGACUUAUAUGGAUCCAGUGUACCUGCAAACAGGCCGGCUGACUGAGAAAAGUGAUGUCUACAGUUUUGGAGUUGUGAUCUUGGAGGUCAUCAGCAGGAAGAAGGCCACUCAUUCUGAACAUAACAGCCUAGUGAAGAGUUUCCUUGAGGUUCACAAAGAAGGGAAGAAAGCAACCGAGCUGUUUGAUAAGGAAAUUGCGGUGACAGCAGGAGAUUUUGAAAUUCUUGACCGUCUGGCAGAGAUUGCUGUGGAAUGUAUUAACCUUGACGUCGAUCAAAGGCCCACGAUGACAGAUGUCGAGGACCGCCUUCUCAUGCUGAACCGAUCUUGUAGGUCGCAAGCUCAAAUGGACCGUCAGGCCAGCACAAGCCACAUCCAUGUCCUGGAGAGGAUUCUGCUCGACGAGAACGCGGAGCCCACGGACCUGCCGCUAUCACUUCUCAAAGGCAUCACAAAUGGCUUCUCUCCUGCUCACCAAAUUGGCAGGGGCGGGUUUGCGGAGGUUUACAAGGGAGUGGUCGGGAAAGGUAUGGUCGCCGUGAAGAGGCUGUCAAGGACGUUUGCUGUCCACGAGAAUAAAUUCCAGGAAGAGGUCAAAUGCCUGAUAAAGGCCAAGCACAAGAAUAUUGUCCGGUUUCUGGGGUAUUGCGCUGACACGCAGGGUAAAAUGGAAGAGUACGAGGGGAAUCUUGUCAUGGCAGAUCAACGCAACUGGUUGCUCUGUUUUGAAUAUGUAUGCAACGGGAGUCUCGAUAAGCACAUUACUGCUGCAACUUGUGGACUUAAUUGGAGGCAGCGCUAUCAAAUAAUCAGGGGGAUAUGUGAGGGGUUACUUUUUCUGCACAAGAAGAGAAUUCUUCACUCGGACCUGAAGCCUGCUAAUAUAUUGCUAGAUGGUCACAUGGUACCCAAAAUUGCUGAUUUUGGUCUCUCGAGGUGCCUCGGUGAAGAGCAAACCCGUUAUAUUACUCAAAACCUAUGGGGAACACUGGGAUACGUGGAUCCAGAAUACAUCAGAUCAAGACAAAUCUCAUUCUCGUCAGACAUGUAUAGUCUUGGCGUUAUAAUAAUGGAGAUAGUGGCAGGAAUUAGGUGCUAUCGCGAAGAUGAGGAUGUAAUUCAAAGUUGGAUGAUUCGAUUGGAGGCAUUAGAGGGCGACAUACAGUUGGAACAAGUAAGAGUAUGCUGCAAGAUAGCGGUAGAGUGCAUGGACUUGGACCCAAAGAAGAGACCAGUUGCACAACACAUAGUUAACAGGCUUGAUAAAACGGCAAGUGCAGACUAUUUAGACGAAACUAGCAUUGGAAAUUCAUUAUUUCAGCCGUGGGUAAGUUGUCCAAGGGAGCAACCUGGAGAAAGAAUUGGAAAACUUGCAGCUGGGAGCCUCCAAGUGGAUGUCGAGGAACACUCUGAAAUACUGGAAGAUGUCGCAGAAAGUAUUGAAUGGCUUCAUUUCCAGGAUGGCCAACAGAAAAUAGACCAAUUACCAUCACGGGGAGUGCAAGAUACGAAGCAAAAGGUUAACCGUUGUGGCACAAGCAUUUCUAGCUGUAUCCCUAAUGUGUUCUACAAGUUAAACAAAUUGAACAUCUUCCACAGGAAAGCAAGCAGGAACCUCCAUAGCAUCGACAUGCACACAUUAGAAAAGUUACAUAAUAUAAAGAUCUUCACAAAAGAGGAGCUCAAGCCAAUAAUAAAUAGUACGAAUUUGAUUGGAAGAGGCGUCUUCUCUCAUGUUUACAAGGGCUAUGUUGAUAACACACAGGUUGCGGUAAAGAUACCGUUUACUUAUAGUUCGCUGCAGAAUUUAGAAUUUGAAAAUCAAGUCGUCAUCAUGUCUCAAGUCAGCCACAAGAACAUUGUUAGGCUCAUAGGUUGUUGCCUAGAAGCAGGCUCCCUCAUGCUUGUGUAUGAGUUCGUCUCCAAUGGAAGCCUUGAUGAAAUUCUUCAUAGCCGCGAUAAGGUUAUGCCUCUCAACUUGGAUGUGCGUCUGAAUAUCGUGGCAGAAUCCGCACAAGGUCUGGCUUAUCUGCAUUCACAAGCCCGUGCCAAAACAGUGCAUGGUGAUGUCAAAUCAGCAAACAUACUCUUGGAUGAUGACUUUGUGCCAAAGAUCUCAGACGUUGGCAUAACGAAGUUGAUUGAUCUGAGUGAUUGGCGAUACAGUAGCAUUCUCGUUGGCGGUGGGAGUUAUAUUAGGGAUCCAGUGUACGUGCAGACAGGCAUGCUGACCGAAAAAACUGACGUCUACUGUUUUGGAAUUGUGAUCUUGGAGGUGAUUAGCGGGAAGAAGCCCAAUCAUUAUGAUGAUAGCAGCUGUGGCCUGGCGACGAGGUUCCUUGAUGUUCACAAAGAGGGGAAGAAAGCAACCCAUCUGUUUGACAUGGAUAUUGCAGUAACAGCAGGAGACUUGGAGAUUCUCGGCCACCUUGCAGAGAUUGCUGUGGAAUGUAUUAACUUUGAUGCGGAUCAACAAAGGCCCACGAUGACAGAUGUCGCGGAGCGCCUCCUCAUACUGAAUCGAUCUCGUAGGCCUCAAGCUGUUUAGCUAUAUAUAUAUAAGCUGAUGCAUAUUGUGGUGCAAACAACAUUCAUAUCUUGGAGUAAGAGAAAGUUUGCUGCACCGAAAAAAUUCGUCAAGAGUGACUGGGUGGUAAAUGGUAACUAAACAAAUGCAUGCAUCAUGAGCCCUGGAGCUCUGGAGCAGGAGGAUGCAAAGGAAGGACGACCCAAGCUACUCCACCUACUCCGGCCGGCGAUCUCGGCGAGGCUGUGAAACUGCCCCGCCUUCGUGUCUGAAGCUCCGGUGUCCUGGUGUGGCGCUUCGUUUAUCUGAAUUUCUCUUCUGUUUUUCUCAAGUUCGGUGUGUCCCCCACUUGUUUUGUUUUUCUCUGUACGUAAAGGGUAACAUAAAUGCAGAGUAGCAGGGAAAUGCAUCAAUAAUCAGACUAGCUGUGAAGGUAAACUUCGCUUGUUGUGUUAGAUAAAAGAAGUGCCACACAUCAAUCUAAAGCAUUUUUACUGAUAAUCUAGAGGAUUAGGAAAUUUAGAUUUUUUUCCCCGUAGGGAGUUUGAUUUUUAGGAUUAAAUAUGACUUUUCGUAUGUAUUUGUUAGAACUACAUUUUGUCAGGGGUUGCUUGCAAUAUAUUUAUAUAGAAAUUUUCAGUGACUCAAACAUAUUGGAAGUAUUCCUUUGCUUUGGAAAAGGAAACACUUCCUGCCGACCGACCGGCCGAAGCUUUGGCCAGUCGCAUCCAUGCAUGCAAACCCCAGCGAAUCCAAGCGCGACACAUAGGGUCGGGGGCCCACCCCACCCUAUAUUUUACCUUUGUUUAUAUUUUCGAAAAGCAUCUGAAUACAUAUAUUUCAAAACUUAAUUUACUUAAAAAAUAAACCACGGAUUAGAAAAAUGUUAACACAGUGCAAAACAAUUGUUAGCAUAAUUAUCAAAAAAAUAUUGGUAGCUUUCAAAAAAAAGUUUUGUGACAUUUUAAAACUGUUCAAAAAUUUCA